AUGAUUGCGACACAAGUGUCGUCCCCGAUCCCUGAUCCCCUCGCUGGGGCUCAGGCCGCGUCGAGUACGGCCUCCGUACCCUCUAAUGCGCCAGAACAUUGUCCUGGCACCGAAUCUGACCUCGCCGGCAAGUCUGCUGCCUGCGAGGGUUGCGCUAACCAGGACAUCUGCGCGUCGAACGAGCCCAAGGGCCCCGACCCCGCUCUGCCCCUCAUCAAGCAGCGCAUGACGCCGGUGAAGCGCAAGAUUCUCAUACUGUCUGGCAAGGGCGGCGUGGGCAAGUCAACGUUCACCGCACAGCUUGCUUGGGCCUUCGCGGCGGACGAGGAGACACAGACCGGCGUCAUGGACGUCGACAUCUGCGGCCCCUCCAUCCCCACCAUCCUCGGCAUCGCCUCCGAGCAAGUCCACGCCUCCGCCUCCGGCUGGUCCCCCGUCUACGUCGCGCCCAACCUCGGCGCCAUGUCCGUCGGCUUCAUGCUCCCCUCCGCGCGCGACGCCGUCAUGUGGCGCGGCCCCAAAAAGAACGGGCUCAUCGCGCAGUUCCUCAAGGACGUCGACUGGGGCGCGCUCGACUACCUCCUCGUCGACACGCCCCCGGGCACGUCCGACGAGCACCUCUCCGUCGUGCAGUACCUCAAGGACUCGGGCAUCGACGGCGCCGUGCUCGUCACCACCCCGCAGGAGGUCGCGCUGCAGGACGUGCGGCGCGAGAUCAGCUUCUGUAGGAAGGUGGGCGUGCGGAUCUUGGGCCUGGUGGAGAAUAUGGCGGGCUUUGUGUGCCCGAAUUGCAAGACGGAGAGCAAGAUCUUCCGUCCGACGACGGGUGGGGCGAAGGCGCUCGCGGAGCAGGAGGGCAUUGAGCUGCUGGGCUCUGUCCCGCUGGAUCCGCGAAUAGGCAAGAGUGCGGACAGCGGCAUCAGUUUCCUGGAGGAGUACCCGGAUAGCCCGGCCACGACAGCAUAUCUGGACAUCAUCGACCGUGAGUGCCCUGCUCCCACUCGGCCGGACUUGAGCUGA